GUUUAAUAUCGCAGGAUGCCCGAACUGCAUCUUCAAACUCCGAGAUCUGACGUAGACAGCAAGCAAACAGAAUAAACAUUAACCUACCUAUAGACUUCAAAUUUCACGAAACAUUGAACCUUCUAGCUAGCACAAAAAGACCUUCCAUCAAUCAAUCGCUAUACCCAAGUACACCACAAAAGUAUUCAAUCCACAACUCACCACCACGACCAACCCAACGCCCCCAAUGUCCUCCCUCCAACGCGUCUACGACGACUGCACCCGCACCCGCACCUCCCCCCUCCGCAUCCACCACCCCCAACAUCCCCCCAUCACCUCGCCCGGAACCCUCGCCCCCAGACCCUCCGUCACGCAACCCCCCACCUUCUCCCUCUCCUCGUCCCUCGUCACCCCAGGGAAGAAAUACCUCGUCGUCGCCGCCGACCCGGACGCGCCCUCCCCGCUAUUCUCCACGCUGCUCAGCCCCAUGCUGCAUCUCAUCCACGCGGGCCUCGAGCCGCACGGCGAGGCUGAUGAGGACGGGUGGGUUGAGCUGAAGGCGACGGAGGAGGAGGAGGCUGCGGCGGUGGGGUGGUUGGCGCCGAAUCCACCGGUUUUCUCGACGAAGCAUCGGUAUGUUUUUAUGGUGUAUGAGCACCCGGAGGGUCUAGGGAGUGGAGACGUGAGGGGGGUGUUGGGGUUGGAAGAGGAGGGAGAGGUGGGCAGGUGGGCGAGGGUGAGGUGGGAUUUGGAUGGUUGUGAGCGGAAGCUGGGGUUGGGAGAGGUGCUGGGGGGGAAUUAUUACUGUGUUGAGUGAAGGGAAGAGGAUGGAUGGGAGGAGAUUUUGUAAAAAGUGUGGGUGGUGUCUAUGGUUUCGUUAGUCGUAGAAGGGUUGAUUUUGAUUCUGGAGAUCUGGUAUCAAGACUCUAUGCUGGCAGCAAAACGACCAACCUACUCCCUACUCUUUCCUUUCAAUGCAGAUUUGAAAUCUAUAUGGCCGUGAUAGACACCUACCACUUCUGAGCCAAAGCGAUGCAGCUGAAUCUCAAAUCCCGUCCCCCAGCAUCGCUAUCCACCUUCAUGAUCCUCUUAAUCCCCAACUCCAGCGCCCUGGGACUCAGCACAUCCUCAUCAUCUC